UUUUCGCACAGCGACGUCACAUCCGCUACUCCUGUUGACACCAGAGCGCUUCCGGUCGUGUAAUGCACCGUCGUGUUUUCAUGAAAUAUUUGAUCAUUUCGUAUUUGUGCAAUUCAAAGUGGUAAUAAUCGAAGAAGAGUCUAAAUAAGUCCGGCUUGCGGAGCGCUGAUGCGAUGAUUGACGUGUGUGAAUCCUAAUCAGACAAUCCGAUAAUCCGAUAUUGAUGAAGUGUUGAUCAGUGGAGAUGAUGAAGAGAGCGGCGCGACACGCGCGGAGAGGCAGAGCGAGCAAACGAGCCUGUAACAGAACCAACACCGACGAAAACACGGCGGACACACACGACGACACCGGCCGGAUGAGCACUGGCUUCUGUCGACUCUGUCACGGGAAGUUCUCCACGCGGCGGCUGCGGCAGGCGUUCGCGCAGCUGCAGGGCGAGUCCUGCGCCGUUUAUCCGCUCUUCUGCACAGACUUCCAGCAGCUCUUGGGAAUCCCCAUGAACAGAGACCCCAGUCUGUCCCAGUUCAUCUGCAACAACUGCCACGCUCAGUUCUACAAGUGCCACAGCAUCCUGCUGGACUUCAGGAACAGAGUCAACCUGACGCCCGUCUCCAGAGACAGGAGCAGCACUGAAUGCCCGUCGUCACAGGAAGACAUCACUUUAUUCCGGUCGCACAUCACAUCAGACAGACGCUGUCUGCACGGUCUGGUGUCGUGGGCUCACAGUCACGCGGAGGGCUGCCGUUCCUGCCCCGACCUGCAGGAGAUGCUGGAGGGUCAGUGUCGAGGGGCUCUGAAGGUGGUGUGGGGUUGUGUGGACGGUCACACGUAUGUGAUGGACACCGGCGGCGCUCAGACCAGAUCAAACGCCGGACCGGCACCCGCUAAAACUCAAUGUGACGACAGAGCAAAAGGAAACAAAGACGGCCACCGGUCGGCGUCGAGAGCGAACAGCGUCCACACGGCCAGAUCAGGUGAAGCUGCCGCACCUCAGAAUCACAGCAGCGCUCCGGCGGGCCCAACACAAGACGCGCAGUCCUGUGAGGAGACGCCCACUUCAGUAGCACCACUGCUGAUGAGCGGAGAUGAUGGGGACAGUGAUCUCUCAGACAGAAACGUGUUGAGCGACGAGGAGUGCGAGGACAGGAGGAAGAGCGGCUCGUCGGAAGACAGCUCAGAUCUGAACACUGACAAGCGUUGUGUCAGUUCCUCAAAGAACAAAGAGGCCAAGACACUGGAACCCAAAGCCAGGAGGAAACCUGGACCCAAGCCUGGCUGGAAGAACAACAUCAAGGCAGAGCGAGAGGAGCUGCCCACCAUCUACAAAUGUCCUCACCAGGGCUGCACGGCCGUCUACAGAGGAGCCGACGGCAUGAAGAAACACAUAAAGGAGCAUCACGAGGAGGUGCGGGAGAGACCGUGUCCGCAUCCAGGCUGCAACAAGGUCUUCAUGAUCGACAGAUACCUGCAGAGACACGUCAAACUCAUCCACACAGAGGUGAGGAACUACAUCUGUGACCAGUGCGGCCAGACGUUCAAGCAGAGGAAGCAUCUGUCCGUGCAUCAGAUGCGUCACUCCGGAGCCAAACCGCUGCAGUGCGAGGUGUGCGGUUUCCAGUGCCGCCAGCGGGCGUCGCUCAAGUAUCACAUGACUAAGCACAAGGCGGAGGCGGACCUGGAGUUCGCCUGCGUGAUCUGCGGCAAACGCUUCGAGAAGGCGCACAAUCUGAACGUGCACAUGUCCAUGGUACAUCCUCUCAUGCAGGGCGGCAGCGCUUCUGCUCCUCCGGACCCGUCGGCCGGCGGCAGCCCGACGGCAGCUCAACACGCCGACCUCAGAUCGGAGCAGACGAGGACCGACUCGCGCCCCUCCGACAUCAGCCGUGUGCUGGACGGCCUUCAGUCCGAACUCGCCGACCGCACCGUAUAGACCGGCGGCUCCAUCUGGCGCUCCUGGAGUCUCCUCUAACAGGCUGACGAGUUUGAUGAGGAAGUGCAAUCUCCCUGAGAAGCCAGAUCUAGAGGUCCUCACGCUCACGUUACAGCAGUCCCAUCAGCACCUGCUCAGAGCUCUCCUCCAAAUGCUAGUGAGCCGCUUUUAUCAGAGCACUCACAGGUCACAGAACGCUACGGCUAGAGCAACAUUUUAUUCUCAAGAGCUGCACGCAAAAACAAGAAGUUCUAGACUAGGUUUAGAGUUAAACCAAAUGAAUCCAGCCCACUUUAGCCAUUAAACACUGAAAUCUGGCAUUUGAUUCGUUCUGGAGCAUCUGUAGUAAACCACACAAAACGCAAAACAACAGUUUCCGUUCACUCUCACGAGUCACACAUUUCUGUGCUGAAGAUGAAGAGAUUAUUACAAAACAUUUCAUACAUUUCAGUGUUUACAAGGCAGGAAGGCAGCAGAAAGAAAACACCCGACUGUAUUAAAGCAUCACAUUUCUGUAAGUUCACAAAGAGCUUAAAAAGAAAACACAAGCUUAGCCAUUUUACAAGCUUUAUAUAUUCGAAAGUUUUAUUCACGUUAUAUUUAAAAGUUGAAAACUAGAAACAUUUCCUUGCGUAACACAGCAAGGAUGUAAAAUUCCUAUAACAAUAAAUAAGGUAUUUAUUAGCAAAAGCGGAGUGAUUUUCUCACUGAACUGCUUUAAUGUCACUUGACUCGCAGCUGAUUGGUCUGGUUUGUGGUUUGCUCACUAGGGUUUGGAACAGAGCUCAUGACAGACUCUGCAUGUUUUUCUCUGAAAGGUGAUGCGUCAUGUUUUAUUUUCAUCCCUUUGAUGACAUGAAGAAAGUCUGUUUACUGAGGCCGGCCGGCGUCAAACACGUUACUGAUCGUGUGACCCGUGCGAGAGGCUCCGAUGGCGUUUUCCGCCGUCUCACGUGAAGCGCGUGCCGCCGAAGCCGCCGAGCGCCGCCGCGAUCUCUGAAUCCAGCUGCUCGUAUUCGGACUGCAACUACAGGAAACACAAACAGCACAGAACUGAAGACUCACUCAGUCACGUUCACUGGCAGCUAAUAACGCCACCGAUUAUUCAUUUAACCGCCGCGAACGCAUCGGACGUGAAGCCGGCUGUUCCUAUGAGAUGAUGUUGGUGUUUUAAUGUGUAUAUAAUAAAUACAUCUAAUUUUA